CGGUUUGUGUCACACUCUUUCCAAAACUCACUGCGUCUCUUUCCUCUCUCUGACUUUUCUGAAAGCACCAGAUGGUUUUCAGGACGCCGCUCGACUUUUUCUCAGCAUCCCGUCUCCUCCUGCCGCACUUCGCGGAUGGGCCCCCCAUCAUGUCCCACUCCCGCUCCUCCGAGGACCCUCCCUCCGCCUGCGCUCCCGUGGCUCUCCCGGGACUGUGCUUCUCUGCGGCGCAGAUCGCCAGCGUGUGCGAGACUCUGGAGGAGACCGGGGACAUCGAGCGGCUGGCCCGCUUCCUCUGGUCACUCCCGGUGACCACAGACGGCCGAGACUCUAUCUCUGAGCACGAGUCCGUGCAGCGGGCUCGCGCCGUGGUGGCCUACCACACCGGGAGUUUCCGCGAUCUCUAUCACAUCCUGGAGACGCACCGGUUUACGCGCGCGUCGCACGGUAAACUGCAGGCGAUGUGGCUUGAGGCUCAUUACCGGGAGGCAGAAAAACUCCGGGGCCGUCCGCUUGGACCGGUGGACAAGUACCGCGUUAGGAAGAAGUUCCCGUUACCGAGGACCAUCUGGGACGGAGAGCAGAAGACGCACUGUUUCAAGGAGCGCACGCGGGGACUUCUGAGAGAGUGGUACCUACAGGACCCAUAUCCGAACCCCGGGAAAAAGCGGGAGCUGGCGCAUGCAACCGGACUGACACCGACUCAGGUUGGGAACUGGUUCAAAAACCGGAGACAGAGAGAUCGGGCGGCAGCAGCUAAAAACAGACUGCAGCACCACAUGUGUCCAGAUGGCGCGCGCGCUUUCAGUGGAGGUGAUUGCAGUCCGGACGGGAGCGCAGAGCGCGCUGAUGGCCAAACAUUUCUUCUCUCGGUGACGGACAGUGACUCUGACUUGGAUGUCUGAGAACUUAAAAGCUGUGAAAUGGACCUUUAGUGGCCUGUGGUGGUCUGCCGUGGAGUUACGGAGAGAGGAUGAUGAUGAUGAAAAAAGGCUGGUCAGGGUUUUGGCUUGAAAUCAACUUCAUGAGUUUCAUCAAACCAGAGCAUCAGACAGAAGAUGUAAAUCAUUCAGGUAAUGUAACAGGUUUGUGUCAAAGCUACUGGUUUAUUGCAACCAUGGUGACCACCAUCUGCACGUGAUCACAUCCACUUUUUUUUUAUUUAUGACCAACCUGAAUGAACAGACAUCAGACCAGUUGUGCUUUAACUCAGGGAUGCUGGAAGACAUUGGAGCUAAUCACUCUUAUUUUCUGUAAUUGUGGGCUUUUCUUCUUCUUCUUUGUUGUUAUGGAAGUAGUUGUUUCUGUGGACACCUGGAUAUGCAGCUCUGGACAAUCACACCACACUGAACCACCUGCCCCUGUCUUGCUGUUUUGUAUGUUUAUGAAUUUAGUUUAUUGUUUCUUUACCUUGAAUUUUACUUUAUUUAAAGAGCGGUCGCCGUUCGGUCUGUAUGUUCUGUUCAAUUUCAUUCUAAAUAAAUGUGUGUUUUUUUGUAUUUUAUAUAUAAAUAAAAUGAUCUAAUUUAUGACUGA